AUGCCGAAGCGCAAAUCCACCGGCGCCGCGGCCGAAACCUACGAGUCGGACGGCGGCGAGGCGCCCCGGAGCAAGAAAGCGAAGGGGGGCGGGGCGGAGAAGGGGGGGAAGAAGGAAGGAGGGGGGAAGAAGGAAGGAGGGGGGAAGAAGGAAGGGGGGAAGAAGGAAGGAGGGGAGUUUUGGGAGGUAUGGACGUCGGCCCUGCUUGUUGGAUGGGUAGUGUGGUGGUGGUUGUUGAUAUUGGCUGACGGUGGGAUGAAAUGGUAG